GCCUCCGGGACCCCCUGGUGGCCAGCGGGCAGGAUGGUGAGCUCCCUGCAGCCUGUUCUGUGGGCAUGGGUGGGCAGAGCCAGGCAGAGGGACCCCUGUGGGGUGCGUGUGUGUGCGCCCCGGGAGCUGCCUCACACCUGAUAAAGGAGCCAGUGGAGGAGUGAGCGCUGCUAUUUUAAGUUGUCGAAUGGACCCUCUGGGGAAGAUAAGGGGAGGGGACAAAGAUCAGGCAGAGAAAGGGCCAGGGUAUCCCGCCAGCCUGGGCAGGCACUGGGUGUGCCAAGUGGGGCACAGCUCCAAAGGGCAGCGGGAGUUUCAGAGCUGCCUGGGCUCCCCCUGCACCUGCCGGCAGGCCUCCCCACCCCAGGCUUCCGUGACCACAGGUGCCUGCCUCGUGCCCCUUGGUGCCUGCCUGCUGAUGUGCCUCGCCUGUGCCUGUCAUGCCGCCCUCCAUCUCGGCCUUCCAGGCCGCCUACAUUGGCAUCGAGGUGCUCAUCGCCCUGGUCUCUGUGCCCGGGAACGUGCUGGUGAUCUGGGCAGUGAAGGUGAACCAGGCGCUGCGGGAUGCCACCUUCUGCUUCAUCGUAUCGCUGGCGGUGGCUGACGUGGCGGUGGGCGCUCUGGUCAUCCCACUAGCCAUCCUCAUCAACAUUGGGCCACGGACCUAUUUCCACACCUGCCUCAUGGUCGCCUGCCCUGUCCUCAUCCUCACCCAGAGCUCCAUCCUCGCCCUGCUGGCAAUUGCCGUGGACCGCUACCUCCGCGUCAAGAUCCCGCUCCGGUACAAGACGGUGGUGACUCCCCGGAGGGCGGCGGUGGCCAUCGCCGGCUGCUGGAUCCUCUCCUUCGUGGUGGGCCUGACACCCCUGUUCGGCUGGAACAAGCUGGGGGAGGUGGAGCGGGCCUGGGCGGCCAACGGCAGCGAGGGUGAGCCCGUGAUUGAGUGCGAGUUUGAGAAGGUCAUCAGCAUGGAGUACAUGGUCUACUUCAACUUCUUCGUCUGGGUGCUGCCCCCCCUGCUGCUCAUGGUCCUUAUCUACCUGGAGGUCUUCUACCUGAUCCGCAAACAGCUCAACAAGAAGGUGUCGGCCUCCUCUGGCGACCCACAGAAGUACUAUGGGAAGGAGCUGAAGAUCGCCAAGUCGCUGGCCCUCAUCCUCUUCCUCUUCGCCCUCAGCUGGCUGCCCCUGCACAUCCUUAACUGCAUCACCCUCUUCUGCCCUUCCUGCCGGAAGCCCAGCAUCCUCAUCUACGUCGCCAUCUUCCUCACGCAUGGCAACUCAGCCAUGAACCCCAUCGUCUACGCCUUCCGCAUCCAGAAGUUCCGGGUCACCUUCCUUAAGAUUUGGAACGACCAUUUCCGCUGUCGGCCCGCACCCCCUGUUGAUGAGGACCCCCCGGAAGAGGGGCCCCACGACUAGACUCCACCUGCUGCGUCUGCCUGCCCCCAUCAGGGGCAUCUCAGCCCAGUCCCACCUCCCCACCGGUCCCACUCCCUGAGCCUUUCUGGCGGGGCUGUGGGGUGUGGGUGCCCUGCACCUUGGGUUCUGGAGGAGGUUUGGCGGGGGGGCCGUUCAUGGGGAAGGAGCCAGGUAACCUGAGGGGAGGAGGAAAGUGGCUUGAAACUCCCCACCUGUGUGACCAUCCCACAGGCAGCCCGGUGCUUCAGGCUGGACUGACCUGGGGAGACUGAGGCUGCAAAGGGGCCACGUGGGCUGGAGGGCAAGCUUGGGCUCCCAUGGCAGUUAGGGGAGCCCGCUUAUCUCUGGUGGUGGUCAUGCAACCCUGGGACCAAGCCUAAGGAAAGGAGAGGAUCCCCUCCAACGUGGAUGGAGAGAAAGAAACUGGGCUUCAUGGCCCUGCUUUCUCUCCUGUUCUGUAGGAGAAGGUGGCAGAGCCACGGAGGGGCGGGAAUCAAGGAGCCUCCGUCCCAGCCUCCCGGGACCCUGAGCUCCCAGCUUUGCUGGGCGUCAGGGUACCUGCCCUCCUUGCCCUGGGGAGCCCAGGUUUAUAUCUGGGAGAAGCAGAAACGGCGGAUCCAGAAAUCAUCCCCAACCUUCGCUUUAUUCUCCACCAACCCCCGGACCCUGGGUAGAGGCUCCAAGCCCCCUGGAGCUGGUGUA